UAUGUUUUCUUUGUUAAAGCUGAUUUGUAUGUAGUUUUUGACAAAUUUACCAACAAGAAAUGAUUUACUCAAUAUUUUCAUUGAGUUCGUUCUGUUCUUAGUUGAUUGUGUUUAAGCAAAAAGGCUUAUUUUCAAUGAAAACCAAAACAUGUCAAUUUUCUUCACCCUUCUAUCAUUAGAGUGUCUAAAAUACCAUGAAGCCAUUAACCUGGUUUCUUUUUUGUAAUUUUAAUUGUGAUUUUGUACUAGGGAAAAGAUCAUUAGACCCAACACACCCAGAUUAUGUACCCUCUGUUUUCUGCUACAAGAAAACACUGGCUACUUCUGAAAAGAAGCUCGCCCGUUUUCAGCGGAUCCAAGAUAGAAGAAAAAGGAAAAAGGAGCUGAGAACAGAUGAGACUAUUGAGGAGCCCGGAUCACCAGGUACUACAGAGGCCAAGAUGGAGUUCACAAGAGACAAAGAAAUUCAAACAGAUCCAACUCCUAAUGUGCAACAGCUCCAAGAAGAGAUUGUCAAGCUGAGAGCUGACCUUCUCAUUGCUAAAAAUACAUCAAUACAACAACAGUCCAGCAAUACAAGAUCGCCUUCAGAAGCUAUGUCCUUUGCCUCCAUCAAAGACAAUAGCUCUUUGGUAAAUUUUUAUACAGGCAUCCAAAAUGCAAGUAUAUUUUUGUGGUUAUUGAGCCUGUUCAAAGAUGAAAUCAAAUAUACCUGUUGGCAGCUGAAUGUUGAAGACCAUUUGCUACUGAUUCUCAUGAAGUUGAAACUGGGGCUUUUUAAUAGAGAUUUAGCUUUUAGAUUUAAGAUAACUCAACAAGUGGUUUCCAGAAUAUUUCGAAGGUGGGUCCCUACAAUUGCAAAACAUACAAAGUUUUUGAUUGUUUGGCCAGAGCGCACUGCAGUUAAAAAGAAUCUCCCACUGUGUUUUAAGAGAAAAUUUAAAAAUUGCACUUGUAUCAUAGACUGCACAGAAAUAUUUAUUGAACGUCCUCUAAAUCUCAAUGCACGAGCACAAACAUGGUCUAACUAUAAGCACAGCAAUACAAUCAAAUAUUUAAUUGGUAUAACACCUGCUGGGGCUGUGUCUUUUCUCUCUCCUGGCUGGGGAGGAAAGACCUCAGACAAGGAGAUAACAAACAAAAGUGGAUUCCUUGACAAGUUGGAAUGGGGAGAUUGUGUAAUGGCAGACAGAGGUUUUACGAUUGAGACAGAGCUGGCAACAAGGGGCGUCCACCUAAAAAUCCCAAAAUUCACAAAGGGGAAAAACAGAUGGCUGCUAAAGAUGUGGAAGUCUCCAGACAAAUUUCGAAUGUUCGCAUUCAUGUUGAGCGUGUCAUUGGCCGAUUGAGAAAAUUUACAAUUUUACAAUCAAAGAUCCCUUUGUCACAAAUCGACCUUCUUGAUGAUAUCAUGAUUAUCAUAUCAGCAAUUAUUAACAUUAACAACAGCGUCGUUUCAUAAAUUGCAUAUAUAUAUAUAUAUAUAACCUCAACAGGGGCUCAAUUCCAAAGAAUCAAUACUAUCUCUAUGCUGCAAUAAGCAAAUUUUAACUAAUGACAUUGUUUUUAUUGUCAUCUACUAAGAUGUUUUCUUCAAGUCAGAUCAUUCAUGCAUCAAAUUAUAACUUUA